AUGGCUUCUCUAGCUCGCGCCAGCCGAAUCAAGAACCCCGCAUUGUUCAUAUGCGACAUCCAAGACAAAUUCCGUAGUAAAAUCUACGAAUUCUCAAAGCUCGUCGCAACAACCGACAAAAUGAUCCGCGCCUCCAACGCCCUCCAAAUCCCAAUCUACAUAACCACCCAAUCCCGCACCAAACUCGGCACCACCGUCCCCGAACUCGCCGCAAACCUAACCGGCCCAAACAUCCGCGCCGACAUCGACAAAACCCUCUUCUCAAUGAUAACCCCCCGAACUCGAGCGCCAGCUACCCAGCCGACCGCUAGACGUAAUAAUCGUCGGCAUCGAGACACACAUCUGCGUGACACAGACAACACUCGACCUCCUCGAGCGCGGACACCGCAGGGGAUUGCGCUGGCGCGAUUGAGGGACGCGGGCGCUAUUGUUACUAGUAGCGAGAGUGUGCUUUUUGAGAUCCUUGGUGAUGCGGGCCAUGCGCAGUUUAAGGCUGUUACGGGGCUUGUCAAGGAGACUAGUGAG